UGCUGUGCCCCUCCGGUGAUCCUUAUUGACAGGCCUGUCUCCCGUGCCACUCCAGGUUGAAAUCCAAUAACGAGAUGGCGAGUCUGAACGCCUCCUUUGCGGAGGCCUUUUCCAAAGAGACAUGGGCCCUGUAUAGUGUCGGAGUCCUGGGUGUUGUGCUGCGAUUCGCAGCACGAAUACGCCGUCUCGGCUGGCAGAACCUCCAGUCGGACGACUACGUGAUGCUAUUCGCCGUCGUCUGGUAUACGCUUCUCUGCGUCGCACUCAAUCAAGUCGCCCACAUAGGAGGGUCCAAUUUAAUGGACGAGGAGGAUAUAAAACUGUUAACCCCGUCCAUCAAGGCGGACCGUAUCCGGGGAAGCAAAUGGGUCUUCUUCUCCGAGCACUCCUUCCUGCUGUGUGUGUACUCGCUGAAGGCUUGCAUGUUGGUGAUCUAUGCCCGUAUCACUGAGGGACUCCGCCAACGCUCAUGGGUCAACUACCUGUCGAUAUACACCUUUGCCGGCUUCGUUGGCAACGAGCUGUCGCUCUUCCUCAUCUGCCGGCCCUUGUCCAACUACUGGGCGGUGCCUACCCCGAACGAUCAAUGCUCAACCUACCAAUACUAUGAGAUCAUCCAAGGGUGCUUCUCCAUCUCGGCAGACGUGUUCAUGCUGCUCAUCGGACUCCCGCUGAUGGUGCAAGUGCGCGUGCCCAUGAAGCAGAAGCUGAUCCUGCUGAUCCUCUUCGGCAUGGGCAUCUUCGUCAUCGUGGCCGCCGUCCUGAACAAGAUCUACUGCCUCGUGCCGUCUCUCAUCUCCUAUGUCUACAUGAACUGGUACUUCCGGGAAGCCACGGUCGCCAUCCUGGUCACCAACCUGCCGCUGAUCUGGUCUCUCCUCCGCGACGUGUUCCCCGCCCUGAAGAGCUGGACGGGAGGAUCGCGCCGCCAGACGAACGACCGGUACAAGACAGGCCCCUGGACCAGCAAGGGGGCGGCGUACCGCAACUACGGCCCUCACAGCCAGCUGCGCUCGGGCGAGUUCAGCAUGCACGCCUACAACCAGAGCACGGUGGUGACACCGCAGAAGACCAUCUCGGACGUCAGCCUGGAGCCCAGCGAAGAUCGCGAACUCAGCGACGACGGGUCCGAGCGCGCCCUCCGCAUCCGCCAGGACGUGACGGUGACGGUGGAGCGAGAGACUCGCCCGCCCGACUUCUGGGAGGCCGGCCAGUCGUCCCCUCCGGCGCAUAACAACUUGAAUCUUCGCCAGCCCGAGCCAUGAUCGAUUAUUAUUCUUGGGUGUCUGCAAACAAAAAAAAAGAACUUCGACUACACUACACACUCUCUUACACAUUCUCUUGAAAUUUUCUUUUCUUUUAUUUUUUUUUUCAUUUACCUUUCUUCCUUCUAUUCUUGUACAUAUAACUCUUACUCGGCUGUCCCACUGAUCAUCGGGGGUUGUGGGGGGCCAUCCAUUACGACGACGGUUUUGGGAUUUGGG